AUGGUUCAGUCCCGUUUGACAUUGUUGGUUGUUGCCGAGCUUUUCGGGAUAGUGCUGUCCUCUUUCGACGUUUUGUUGGUGUGCUCUGAUUUUUCUAUUUUCAGGGUUUAUGAAAAAGAAAAAGAAAAGCAUUGUCUCACUGGACGUUCAAGAGGCCAUUGUUUCAUCGAAGAAGAUCAAGGCUUGGCUUAUGUUGCAGUAAUGGAGGUUGGGAAUUCGGGCACCGAUUACCAAACCCGUAACCAAAAUGAGUUUUCUCAAAGACCACUUUGUUACUCAAGGAAAAUUAGUCUGAAGAAUCCAUCAUCAUAUCCUUCUUCAUGCUCAUCUCCAAGGUCUGCUAGAUUUGAAGAUUGCAAUCAACCCAAUUUCUUGGAUGUUUGUUUCAUUUGCAAGGAGCCUCUUGGGGGUAAUGAAGACCUCUUCAUGUACAGAGAGGGCAUUUCUUUCUGUAGUGAAGAGUGCAGACAAGGACAGUUAGACAUUGAAGAAACUAUGGAGAAAAGCAAUAGCCUUCCAUCCUCCAUGAAAGCUCAGGAAAUCCCUCCCAACUGUUGA